AUGGAAAGCAGCCGCCAUUCUUCUGCCUCCAUGGAGAAACAAAUGGCUGCGCCGCCAAAAAGUAAAGGGGGCUGGAAAUCCAUCAAAUACAUGAUUGGAAAUGAGUCAUUUGAAAAAUUGGCGUCCAUGAGUUUGGUUAUGAACAUGACGGUUUAUUUACGUUCGAACUACAACAUGAGUGGCAUUUUUCUUGUCAAUGUGGUUACCAUUUGGAUUGGAACUUCCAACAUUUCGUCACUAGCUGGUGCUUACGUAUCGGACGCCUAUGUGGGCAAAUAUCGCACUCUUCUUUAUGGUUCCAUUGCGUCUCUUAUGGGUAUGGGCAUGAUGACGUUUACUGCGGGUGUACCGCAUUUUAGACCACCCAAAUGCACCGACCUGCCUAACUGUAUCCAGCCGGAAAACUGGCAACUAGCCCUACUUUUUGCUGGUCUCGGCCUCCUAGCCAUAGGAGCCGGCGGUUUACGGCCGUGCGGUAUCGCCUUUGGCGCGGACCAGUUCGACACAAGCACGGCGAAAGGACGGAAACAACUGGAAAGCUUCUUCAACUUGUGGUAUUUAUCAUUCACUCUAGCUCUAAUUGUAGCUCUAACCGGAGUUGUCUACAUCCAAACAAACAUCAGCUGGGUCAUCGGGUUCGCAAUCCCGACAAGCUGUUUGUUGUUUUCCGUCGUCAUUUUCUUAAUCGGGCGGCAUACUUACAUCAUGAAGAAGCCUGAAGGAAGUGUUUUCUCAGAUAUUGUGAAAGUGAUAGUUGCUUCAAUACGAAAACGUAAAGUAGCAUACGAUGAUGAAUCAAAAUGCUCAUUUUAUAACCCUCAUGAUUCUCAUGUAAUUCAAACACAAAGGUUCAAAUGCUUAGACAAAGCAGCCAUGAUUGUUGACUCAAAUGAGCUCAAUUCUAAAGGUCUUCCAGAGAAUAAGUGGAGGUUGUGCAGCUUACAACAAGUCGAAAACUUGAAAUGUGUUGUGGGAAUCUUGCCGGUUUGGGUGUCGGGUGUUGGGUGCAUGCUUGUGAUCGAUCAACAAAGCACAUUUGGUGUCCUUCAAGCCAUACAAAUGACUCGAACAAUCGGGUCUGAAUUCGCCAUACCUCCAGGUUGGAUGACUGGGAUCGCGAUGGUCACAUUGUCAGUAUGGAUAUUCAUUUACGAAGGGAUUUACGUCUCUAAACUUAGGAAGCUUUUAAAAAGGAAUCCAAGGUUAACAAUGGUCAUGAGAGUUAGAAUUGGCAUAAUUAUGUCAAUCUUAUGCAUGGUUACAGCUGGGAUUAUCGAAAGAAAACGUCGCGAUUCAGCGUUAAACAACAGCGCUUACAUCGCGCCAAUGCACGUAUUUUGGCUGAUUCCUCAGUUCAUGCUUUCGGGUUUGACAGAAGCAUUUGAUAGUGUAGCAAUCAUGGAGUUUUUCACCACACAGAUGCCAGAAAGCAUGAAAACUGUUGCCAGUGCCAUCUUUUUCAUCACAUUAUCGAUCUCCAGCUACUUGAGCUCGCUAAUUAUUAAUAUAAUUCACAAAUUAACCGAACCAAAUCCGUGGUUAGGUGGUCAUGAUCUUAACAAUAACAGGCUGGAUUAUUACUACUACAUUAUCGCGGGUUUUGGGUUUUUGAAUUUGAUUUAUUUCACAUUUAUUGGUUCCAAAUUUGUGGCUCCGGCGAAGAUUAUGGUGGUGGAGGAGGAGGAGGAGUUGCAGCAGGUUGAAGAAGGUGGCGAUGGAAGAAAAUUUUCAGGGGCAUACCAUGAGUUAUGAGAAAGGAGGAGGGUGGUGUAAAUUUGUUAUUUAUGAUACUUCUUUAAUAUAAUUUACUUAAA